ACCAUGGCCUUUGCUAUUGAUGAGAUCAACAGAAACUCCAACCUGUUAGCAAACGUGACUCUGGGAUACAGUCUGUACGAUAACUGUGUCAAACUUGCCGUUGGAUUUCGUGCAGCGCUGACGUUGGCCAACGGUCAGGAAGAGCAAAUCACUUUAAAUGAAACUUGUUUCGGAAGGCCUCCAGUUGUAGGAAUUGUGGGUGAUUCCACUUCAACAAAUGCUAUUGCCAUUUCUGCUGUUUUAGGGUUGUAUGGAGUACCUAUGGUGAGUUAUUUUGCCACCUGUUCCUGCCUGAGCGACCGACAAAAGUUUCCAUCUUUCUUCAGGACGAUCCCGAGUGAUGCUUUCCAGGUAGGUGCUAUGAUUCAGAUACUGAAGCACUUUGGAUGGACCUGGGCAGGUCUGCUGGUCAGUGACGAUGACUACGGCCUUCACGUUGCCCGAUCCUUCCAGUCUGACCUGGGUCCGAGUGCCGGAGGCUGUCUGGCCUACUUAGAGGUUUUGCCAUCUGGAAGAAACCCAGCUGAAAUCCGUCGAAUUGUGGGUGUCAUAAAGAAGUCCACAGCUCGUGUGGUCAUAGUGUUUGGUCAUGAGCACUACAUGAUUCAAAUCAUGGAGGAGGUGGUGAGGCAGAACGUCACAGGCCUGCAGUGGAUGGCCAGUGAAGCCUGGACAACAUCAACAGCUGCUCUGCAGACCCCUCGUCUCAUGCCUUACUUAGGCGGCACACUGGGCAUUGCUAUCCGCAGGGGAGAAAUACCAGGACUCAAGGACUUCUUACUGCAAAUGCGUCCUGAUCUACAUUUUGAUGAUAGUUUUCAGAAUAGCAUGGUAAAUCAGUUCUGGGAACUCAUAUUUCGGUGUAGGUUUGCACCUCCUCCAGCAGGUUGGGUGGAAGCUGGAGGAGCACUGUGCACAGGAGAGGAAGAUUUAGAAAAUGUGGUGACUGAAUUCCUGGACGUUUCAAACCUCAGACCGGAGUACAACGUGUACAAAGCUGUGUAUGCUCUUGCAUACGCUCUUGAUGAUAUGCUGCGGUGUGAGCCUGGAAGAGGGCCUUUCAAAGGGCACAGCUGCAGCAGUUUACAAAGACUGGAGCCCUGGCAGAAAGUCAACUUCACUACAUCGUUUGGUGAUCAAGUGUCAUUUGAUGAGAAUGGAGAUGUAUUACCAACAUAUGACGUCAUGAACUGGCUGUGGCUCCCUGAUGGGAGAACUGAAGUUCAGACUGUGGGUGAGGUUCGGAGGUCGGCCUCCAAAGGAGAUGAGCUCAUACUCGAUGAAAACAAAAUCUUCUGGAAUUCAGAAUUUAAAAAGUCACCUCGCUCAGUGUGCAGUGAGGACUGUCCUCCAGGGACACGCCUGGUGAGAAAAAAGGGAAAACCUGUGUGUUGUUUCAACUGUGUCCCAUGUUCCGAGGGAAAAAUCAGCAAUAAGACCAACUCAAUGGAGUGCAUCAGCUGUCCAGAGGAUUUCUGGUCCAGUCCUCAGCGUGACCACUGUGUUCCCAAGAAAACUGAGUUCCUCUCCUAUUAUGAACCUCUGGGUAUCUGUCUGACCACUGCUUCACUGCUGGGCACAUUUAUCUGUGUUGUCGUUCUGGGGAUCUUUUUCCAUUAUCGAAGGACGCCUAUAGUACGAGCCAACAAUUCUGAGCUGAGUUUCCAGCUUUUAUUGUCACUUAAACUUUGCUUCCUGUGUUCACUUUUGUUCAUCGGACGACCCAGACUGUGGACAUGCCAACUGAGACACGCAGCCUUCGGGAUCAGCUUUGUGCUUUGUGUCUCGUGUAUCCUGGUUAAAACCAUGGUGGUUCUGGCUGUGUUUAAGGCCUCAAAGCCAGGAGGAGAGGCCAGUCUGAAGUGGUUUGGUGUGAUGCAGCAGAGAGGAACAGUUCUGGUUCUCACUUCCAUUCAAGCAGCAAUCUGCACAGCUUGGCUUGUCUCCGCCUCACCGUCCCCUCAUAAAAACACACAAUACUACAAUGACAAGAUCGUUUUCGAAUGUGUAGUCGGAUCCACUAUAGGUUUUGCGGUGUUGCUGGGUUAUAUCGGCUUACUCGCUAUUCUUAGUUGUCUUUUGGCAUUUCUGGCAAGAAAUCUCCCAGAUAACUUCAAUGAGGCCAAACUCAUCACUUUCAGCAUGCUGAUCUUCUGUGCUGUGUGGGUGGCCUUUGUUCCUGCUUAUAUCAGCUCUCCAGGUAAAUAUGCAGAUGCUGUGGAAGUAUUUGCCAUCCUGGCUUCAAGCUUUGGCCUCUUGGUGGCGCUGUUUGGACCCAAAUGUUACAUAAUCCUGCUGAGACCAGAGAGGAACACAAGGAAGGCCAUCAUGGGUCGAGGUAUUGAGUCAUAA